AUGGCGGCGGACCGUGGCAACACCGCCUCCCUCUCCCUCUCACACCCCCACUCUUCCUCCUCCUCCGAUGACGACACCUCCGGCCACCACCUCACUCCUCUCGCCCUCCCUCCACCCGCCGCCGCCACCAGCCCCCCCACCAAGAAGAAACCGCGAGGAAGACCACCCGGAUCCAAGAACAAGCCCAAACCGCCCGUCGUCCUCGUCACCGCCCAAGACUCCUCCGGCUCCUCCUCCGCCAUGAGGCCCGUCUUGCUGGAGAUCUCCGCCGGCUCCGACGUCGUCCACGCCCUCACGUCGUUCGCGCUCAGUCGGCGCAUGGGCCUCGCUGUCCUCAGCGGCUUCGGCUCCGUCUCCGAUGUCACGCUCCGCCACCCCCUGCCCCACGCUCCGCCGCUCUCACUCCGCGGGCCCUUCAACCUCCUCUCCCUGAGUGGGUCUGUCCUGGGUGGUUGCGUUAACGAUAAGAAUGACAAUGACGAGUCCGAGAACGACAGACCCGCGAGACAGCAGCGUCGUCAGGAGGGCUCAAGCCACUUCGGGAUAACUCUCGCGGGGGCUCAAGGGCAGGUGUUCGGAGGGGUGGUGGGAGGGAAGGUGGUGGCCGCGACGCCCGUGGUGGUCGCGGCGGCUACAUUCAUGAGCCCCAGCUUCCACAGGUUUCGAUCUGGAGGCGACGAAGAAGGUGGCGAUCUUCAGGAGACCGAGCCUUGUAUUGGCGGCGUCGGGGGAAGCGAACCUCCUCCUUGCCCUAGUUCCGCCGCUGCGGCCGGCCGCAUCUACUGCGGAGGAGGGGGUUUGAGCGGUCAGCCGAUGUCUCCCGAGGUAAUGCCUUGGGGUGGUGCAGCGAAUUCUGCCUCUCGCCCUCCUUAUUGAGCGAGAGAGAGAGAGAGAGAGAAAUUCAAGCUCAAUUUGGAAGAAAA